AUGGAGCUCAGGUCUCGUACCCCAGGUUCUUCCUCUUCCAAAGGUAAAGCGAAGCUCCAGUACACAGACACAGAGAGUUCGGAUGAGGAUGAUUAUGGGUCGAUGUCUUCGGAUUCGGACUAUAAUGCUACUGUCGAUGGAGGCGAAGGAUUGUCAAACGUACUUGAAGAUUCUUCGGAUUUUACAUCUGAAACUAGUGAUGAUGAACUUCAGCAUGUCUCGAAAAGGAGGAAAAGGAAAAUGAAUACCUCUAAGAGUGGAGAAGGACCGAGUCACAAUGUUCAGGCCAACUAUGAAAGAAAUGCAAACACGGUCGAAAUUGGUUCGAGGGGGAUGAAAGAGAAAAAGCGUGCGGGAAGAAGGAAUAAGAAGACGAAAACUGAUAAACCCGUAUUGAUGUGGGAAGUACAAGAGGAAGAGAUGAAAAGAUGGGUUGACGAGAAUCUUCUUCUCGACACGGACUUGACAAAUCAGAAUGAAAUUGUGACUGAAACUGCAAAGCCUUCAGAUGAUUUGAUAAUACCACUGCUCAAAUACCAGCAAGAAUGGCUAGCUUGGGCUUUGAAGCAAGAGGAAUCUAAUGUCAGGGGAGGUAUCCUUGCAGAUGAGAUGGGAAUGGGCAAAACCCUCCAGGCAAUAGCUCUUGUUCUUCUCAAACGAAGUAUCUCGAGGGAACUCGGCCGGCAGCAGUUAUCACCCGCAACCUCCCCGAGUUCUUCAAAAGAGCUACCGGCGAUCAAAGGCACACUUGUCAUAUGCCCAUUGGUUGCUGUCAUGCAGUGGGUUAGUGAGAUCGAUAAAUGCACUUCUAAAGGGAGCGCCAAAGUUCUCGUCUACCAUGGUGCUAACCGAGCUAAAAAUCAUUACGAGUUUGCUGACUAUGAUUUUGUCAUAACAACAUAUUCGAUAGUUGAGGGGGAAUACAGGAAGUAUGUGAUGCCCCCGAAGGAGAAAUGUCAUUUCUGUGGGAAAUUGUUCUAUGAAAAUAAGUUGAAAAUCCACUUGAAGUAUAUGUGCGGGCCUUUUGCUGUUAGGACAGAAAAGCAGGCAAAGCAGCAGAGGAAAAGUCCAAAGACGAAAAAGCCAGCAGACUCUGAACGCAGUAAGAAGAAAGGAAAGAAGCAUGACAGUAUUGAGAAGGAAAUGGAGAAUGACUAUGCAGAAGAGGUAAUGGAUGCAGGAAAGACAAUUUUGCACUUUGUGAGGUGGGAGCGUAUCAUAUUGGAUGAGGCACAUUAUAUAAAAGACAGGCGCUCUAACACAACUAAAGCUGUCCUUAACUUACAAUCUUGUUAUAAAUGGGCACUAAGUGGCACUCCCCUUCAGAAUCAUGUGGGAGAGCUCUAUUCUCUUGUUCGCUUUCUGCAGAUAGUUCCUUACUCUUAUUACUUCUGCAAGGACUGUGAUUGUCGUCAACUUGAUUAUAGUUCAAGGCAUUGCCCAUGCUGUGGUCAUAGAAAUUUUUGGCACUUCUGCUGGUGGAAUAGAUAUAUUUCUUCACCAAUGAAAGAAUCUGGAAAUAAUGGGCGUGGCAGAGAGGCCAUCCUUUUGUUGAAGCACAAAAUUCUUAAGAGCAGUGUGUUAAGACGUACCAAAAAGGGCAGAGCUUCUGACCUGGCGCUUCCAAAUAAAAUUGUUACUUUAAGACGCGAUACCCUGGAUGUUGUCGAAGAAGAUUAUUAUACUGCACUGUACAAUGAGAGCCAGGCACAGUUCAACACAUAUGUUGAGGCUGGAACUGUAUUGAAUAAUUACGCCCACAUAUUUGAUCUUCUAACUCGCCUUCGACAGGCAGUUGAUCAUCCAUACCUUGUUGAGUAUUCACUUUCUGCAAUGGAAAGGAAGGGUAAAGCAGUUGAAAGUAGCAAUGGUCAGAUAUGUGGUUUAUGUCAUGACCCUGAAGAAGAUACAGUGGUUGCAUUAUGUGGACAUGCCUUCUGCAGACCUUGUUUGAUUGAUUUUGGCACUAGCAUGGGGCAAAACUCAUGUCCUUCUUGUUCGAAGCCACUUACUGUUGAUUUCACCUCGAAUAAAGAGAGCAAGGAACAUAGUUCGGAAACAACUGUCAAAGGAUUCAGACGAUCGAGUAUUCUGAAUAGAAUUCAGCUCCAUGAGUUUCAGACAAGUACUAAAAUAGAAGCCUUGAAAGAAGAAAUCACGGUUAUGAUUGAAAGAGAUGGUUCUGCGAAGGGGAUUGUCUUCAGCCAAUUCUCAUCUUUUCUGGAUCUCAUACGCUACUCCCUUCAAAAGAAUGGAGUAAACUGUGUUCAAUUAGACGGGUCCAUGUCCAUGGGGGCCCGAGAUUCUGCUACUAAAAGAUUCACCGAGGACCCUGAUUGCAAAAUCUUCCUAAUGAGCAUGAAAGCAGGAGGCGUAGCCCUCAAUCUCACAGCCGCAUCACAUGUUUUCUUGAUGGAUCCUUGUUGGAACCCAGCUGUCGAGAGGCAGGCUCAGGAUAGAAUAUACCGAAUAGGACAACAUAAACCAAUCCAGAUAGUCAGGUUUAUUAUUGAAAAUUCUGUUGAGGAGAGGAUAUUGAAGAUACAGGAGAAGAAGGAACUGAUGUUUGAAGGGACCGUGGGAGGAUCUUCUGAGGCGCUAGCGAAACUGACCGCCGAUAGCGAUUUCGCUGAUGUUCUGUUGAGCUUCCUGGCACUUCCUUUGGGAACUAUUGUUCAAGUCUUGAAAAAACACUAUGGGGAUCAUCAAGUCCCUGUUUUGGGAAGCUUAACCACUUUGUACAAUUGCUUACACAAUUUGGACAGUGGCCUUUUCCAGACACACUUCUAUAAGAACUUGCUGCUCUACUUAAAGAACUCAUCUCAAUCGGCAUAUCGUGAGAAAAUCAGCGUUGAUGACAUGAAUCCCUCAUAUUACUUCAAAUGUAGAGACGCCGUUGAUUGCAUUAGAGGGGUGUUUAUUAGACCAGUGUCCUUAAUAAUCACUGAUGAUCUCCAAAUACUGCCUAAUUAUAUGGAUUCUGCUGUGCAAAACUCAGGCAUAACGGACAUGAUCGGUAUCGAGGUAAGGAAUCUGACUUUGGGAUUCAAUGAGAUAAUGGAUUUGCUGAAGGGGUCAUUACUUUCCCGGGCUCCUCUAAUGGAACUCAUUCUAGAGAAUAGAGAAAAACUUGAUCGACUAUACUGCGCUUAA